AUGGGAUUGAAUAAAAGUCCAAUGGACAGACUGAAGAAGCAAAUAGGAAUAUUGAUGGAGGAUCUGUGGACUGUCCAAAUCUGGCCUCACAAUGACGAAAUCCAGCCAUCAAUCUUGACAGUCGGAUUAAGCUACCAAUCCCCUGAGCCAUUCCCAAUCACAUGUGCAGUUUCAGAUCUCCUGAAAGGUCUAUCUAAUGAAACUACAGGUAUGGUAGGCCUUGCAAAUCUAACAACUUCAUUACCUGCACAAAUGUCGACACAGUUUAAGCUACCUUACAAAUUUGCUCUCUGCAUACCAUCUACAUCUGAAUAUGCACUCGGUCACAUGUUUAUAUGCGGAUGGCCAUAUAUUUUAUUACCAUACAGUAAAGAUAUUGCUAAAGAAUUGAUCACCACACAACUUUCCAUUAACCCCAUUAGUACUACACUGGUGUAUACAACUGGUGACCCUUCGGAUGAAUAUUCCAUAGAUGUUAAAUCUAUUAGUGUUCAUAACAAACCAGUAACAAUUAAUGCUUCUUUGCUAUCCAUAAACAAGGAAGGCUACGGGGGUACCAAAUUUAGUACCAUUACUCCUUAUACAAAACUAGAGACUUCCAUAUAUAGCAGUCUCGUUAGUGCUUUUAGCAAGACUGCGGCACUGAGAAAAAUGAAAAACGUAGCAUUGGUCGUGCCAUUUGGAGCUUGUUUCAAUGCAAAGAAUAUAGACAAAAGCCAGACAGGACCUGUAGUGCCUUUCACUGAUAUUGGUCUAGCAGGUAACAAGUUUUGGAGAUUUUACGGUGCCAAUUCAAUGGUGUCAGUGAGCAAAAAAGUAUUAUGUAUGCCUGGCAUUUGUGGAUGUGGGAUCAUAUCCAAGAACCUCUGUUAUUAUAGGAGGGCAUCAAAUGGAGGAUCAUCUUAUUGA